CCUCCUGAACUAGUUCUGUCAGUGCAGCCACCAAGAGCAAACCUCUUGAGUAUUACAUCCAUAGAGAUAUUACCAAUAUCUGUGAUAUCUCUAUGAUUGCAGCACACUUAACUUUUAUAUUCUACUAUUUGUGAUUCACCGACUUCCCAUUCUAUUUGUACGCCUCUAAUGGUGACAUUGUCAUCAAGUUUUCGUAAAGUAUUUGUACCAAAUCAACUCAUAAAAAUGACUGCUUCGGUACCAGUUAUUCACCACAACGUUGAAUCUGUUUUAAACGUUUUAGAACUGCCUGAGAACAAAGAAAUUGCUGCAGUUCAGGAAUUGUUAAAAAUUUAUGAAGCAGCUAAAAUUUCAAAGGAGAAGAAUGAUGCUUGUGGAGAAGUUAAACAACAUCCUUUAAUUAUCUUUGAAGGUUUGGAUGGUUCAGGUAAAUCUACUGUCGGUUUCAAGUUUGCUAAGAAAAUUGAUGGUGUGAAAUGGCAAACACCUCCUAAAAGUAUACAGCAUCUUCGAAGCAUAUGUGAUAAAAAUAAAAAGUUAAAUGCCGCCUAUUACUCUUUGGGAAAUUAUAUUGCAGGUUUAGAAGUACAGAAAAUUCUAAAAAACAGGCCGGUAGUGAUGGACAGAUAUUGGCAUUCCACAGCAGCUUUUGGUAUAGCUCAAGCAGUUAAUGACAAUCCAGAUUUUUCAAUGCCUCCACAAGGUGAUAAAAUGUAUUGUUGGCCAGAAGAUUUAUUCAAACCAGACAUAGUAAUUUUCUUGGAUGUUAAUGAAAAUGUUAGAUUACAGCGAAUCUCUAGAAGAAAGGAGUUUACUCCACAAGAAGACUUGCUCAGUUCUUCUGAGGAAUUUAGAAACAAUGUUAUUUUGGCGUACAGGAAUAUGUGUGACCCAGAAGUGAUUUUCAUCGAUGGAAAUCACACUAUUGAAUCUGAGUGUUCCGAAAUCUUAAAAAGCGUCAAGCAUUUAUUAUGUACUGAAUAAUAAAGAUAUUUUUUUCUCAUCU